GAAGGGAUGCUGCUGUAACUGUUGCUGCUAAUUUAACAAUGGAGAAAUUUGGGGAAGCGACUAAUAAUAGAGUGAGUGCUUUGGUUUCGGUUGGUUGUCCCAAAUUAUAUGCUGAGCCAUACAAAAAAACAAUUUUUGCUCUCUAUGAUGAUGGAAGAAAAUGAAAUCACGCACUGCGUGUCUCUGUCUCAUUCAUCUUCUACUGCUGGCUGAGAGAAUUCCUAUUCCUACUACUACGUUACUCUGUUUUUGAUUGAUUAACCAGAGCAAUUCAAUUAUGUCCUUCUCCGAUUCAGAGACAUCAUCCUCUCAUGGCGCAGAUUCCUACAAGUUCUUUCGUCAGAUCAGCCGCGAUCGAUUGCUACACGAAAUGCUUGGAUCUACCAAAACUGGGGACUCUAAAGCUUGGAAGAUACUAAUAAUGGAUAGAGUUACGGUCAAAGUAAUGUCUCAGUCUUGCAAGAUGGCAGAUAUCACUGAUCAAGGCAUUUCCUUGGUUGAAGAACUUUUUAAGAGAAGGGAACCAAUGCCUGGCAUGGACGCCAUCUACUUUAUGCAACCUUCCAAAGAGAACAUUGUUAUGUUUCUUUCCGACAUGUCUGGCAGGGAGCCCUUGUACAGGAAGGCAUUUAUAUUUUUCAGCUCCUCUAUCCCCAAGGAAUUGGUCAAUCACAUCAAAAGUGAUUCAAGCGUGUUACCCCGCAUUGGUGCAUUAAGAGAGAUGAACAUGGAGUAUUUCCCCAUAGAUAAUCAG